UCCCCUGCAGCUGGUAUAGUCUUACUAGCAACAGUAGGCUCAGGAAAUGGAAUAAUGUCAAGACUUCAAUUGGCCGGCUUCUCAAGCUGGUCUGUGCUGUCUCAUUACGUGACUCGGACCCUGCGCGAAAGAGCCACUCAAGCCGAAACCGCAUAACGCGAUCGACGUGAAUAUCUUAUGGAAAAUUAUCUACCCUCUGACCUCACCUUUCCACAAGCCAGUCACUAGUUUGCCUUUAUAGGACCAAUUCCAGAGCUAAAGAUGUUCUCAUACGCACGCAUGACAGUCUAGCUCGAAUUGCACAUGUUGUGUUGCCUCGCGGGCUACGUUCUCGGAACGACGCUCGACCCUCUAUUGACUGUCACAAACUCAAGGAUGUGUGGCCACGUAUUCUGCAGAGUCCUAUCGAUUUUUUCGAAACUUGGCUCAGCCUGUGAUAGUGAGGGACCUAUCAAUUACUUUUGAUCUUGCGGAAGAGCCACUGCAACGCAGGUUGCAUGGGAUCGUGUCUGCUCGCUUCUCGAAAUACGUUCAAACCCUGCAUCUGAGCAAGGUCGACGCCUCUCAAUACACUCUGCGAUUUUUGGCCAAUUGGAAUCGUUCGGAAAGCUCUUCCGUUUAACUAUCACUUCUAGUCGAUUGGAAGCGAGCCAUUUCGACGUAGUCCAUUCCCAACUUUCGUUGCAGAACCGGUAGUCUGUCCGCCGUGGAUGUUCCAGUGAACCAAUUGCAGAUAUCACGAGAGCGACGUUUCGUAACAGAUGGGUUCUGACCUGGCUCUCUUGCGCUGUGCGAGACAGAAACUUGGGCUGGACCCAUCCAGUGAUGUUCGGACUUGCCAGUCAACACUUACUAUUGUGUUGGAAGUCACGGUUCGCACAUGGAGGAUUGUUCAAUUUCAUACCAUCAGAAGAAUAACGAGGAUCAGGUGUGACAUGCUACCCCAUAAGUGCUCGAUGUGAAAUUGGACGUAUACAUGGUGCAAGCAUUCCUCAGCAACUUGCCACGCAUCGAUUUUGAUUUUCAAGCAACCGCAUGUUCUUUUCCUUGUGCACACUAUCCGCACUCGCUGGAAAACUACCUACGCCUCAAGCACCAUUCACCGUCACAAGUAUGCUUGCCGGAGCACGCCUUCAGCGGACUAAUUCUAGAGCCAAGGAAGCUCUUGCACGCACUCAGGACGGCCUAACUCGCAUCGCGCAUGUCGUGGCACCCUUCCUGCGUGCCCAGGGCGAUGUUCAACUUGGUCACUCGCACGACCCUAAUCUUCAGGCUAAGGACUUCAGCAAGGUUUUGGAAUGCGUCCUUGCGAACGGUCUCCUGCCGCGUGAUGACCUCAAAAAAGUCGCGCUGACCUCUAAUUCAUUCAAGGUUCAAGCGCAGUCGAUUCUGUGUCGGUCUCUAUCGAUCACAUUCGCAGCGAUCCCCGAGCUUCUGUGGUGCAAAUUAAUUUGGAUCAUCUCUUCCGGUAUAUGCAAAACCGUCCGGUCACUACAUUUGAACAACCUUGGGCCUUGUGAGACUUCGCUCUGGCUGUGCGACAGGCUCUAUCUAUUCAAGCAACUUGGAUGCUUGGCUAUAGACCGUAGCCAGUUGCAGACAGAUCACCUCAAACGGUUCGGUGCUCUGGGGUCCCUGGUCAAUCUUCACCUGGAAGAUUGCACGCUCAAUGAUCGCGAGCUUAUACUUCCUCGCUUGAAGCUCCGUUCUCUUACGCUUCGUGGCAAAAUUGUCGUAUCCCCGCAGACUUACGUCAAGCAAUCGCCGCGCUUGCCCGAAUGCUGGUGGGAGUACCUUACUCAACCGGAACCCCUUCAGAAAUUGUUUCUUGGUAUGGACGGUUCGAGGUGCCAUUUCAAAUCUAUGGCGAAGCUGGGUACAUUUUCGUCAUUGCGACUAUUGGCGUUGCCAGAGAAUGCGCUGCAACGUUCACCUGAAGCAUACGCCAGAUUUAUAGGCAACUGUCCGGCCUUAGAGGAACUCGAAUUCAAGGUUCGAGUUUCGACCGAUCCGAACGAUCUUCAAGACAUAGUCCCCGACCUGGAUAGCCUUCCCAACGUCAGCUUCCCAAGAGGCAGCCUUCAAAACCUUAGGCUCAUUACCGGAAGCCCGUGGCAUAUUUUAGUGCACACAAGGACCAAUCCAGUUCCAUGCAUUCGCGUAUCUACAAUACUUCGGUCCCUCUCAGCGGAUCGGCUGAGACACGCUCUGCGUGUAACGUGUCCGGAUGUUCGAGAGUUGGCUAUAAAUAUUGGAAGCAUGAGAAAGGACAUCCUUCGAGGAUUUUUUGAGCCUACUAGCGGGUUCAAUAAACUGGAGUCUUUCCAACUCAUCUUAUGGAACGUGCUUAACCCUCAAUUUUGGUCAUCGGAAGACAUUACGGCUCUUUGUCGAUGGUUGAGGAAGCCCCCAUUGCCCAAGUCUCUGACACGACUCCGUUUUAUACACUCCCUUCUGGUUGAAGAAUCGGGAGAUUUCGGUGACCCUACAAAUCAUGUCAACUCUGCGAAGGCAUGUCCGAUUGAUGACUUCCGUGUGAAGUUCAGCAAUCGGCAACUCCAAGAGUUCGUAGCCAUAGGCAAUCUGUCCGUUUUGGAGCCUCCUCGCCGUUGGCCUCGGGCGUGGUUACACGUGGAUCUACAACGCCUAAGCUAGGGUACUUGUGUGGAUAUAUAUUUUAUAUUCGUAGAAGAGACGUACAUGGAGUCAAUCACAGCAAAUGCGAGUGUAUGCAAGGAAAGGAGGGAAGGAAAGCAAUUGUGAUGUGC